AUGUAUGAAUAUCAUGGGACGGAAUACCUAGGUGCAGCUCAUGGACUUGCUGGAAUCCUUCAGACGGCAUUGGGUUUCCAUAACCUUCUCUCCGAAUCUGACGAACAGGCAGUGCGCGAUUCUGCUGAUUGGUUAAUGUCGACCCAAGACGAUGAAGGAAAUUUCGCCAGUAGCAUUAAAUGGAUUGGAAGGGAAACGUGUAUGACGACAGUUAUUGCAUUGGUGCCUAACGGUGCUGCCGGUGUUAUACUGCUUUGUCUGACAAUGUGGAAACGCUAUGGGGGACAGAAAUAUUUGAAGGCGGCUUUGCGAUGUGGUGAACUGAUUUGGAACAAGGGUGUGCUGAAGAAAGGACCUGGCAUUUGUCACGGCGUUGGAGGAAAUGGCUACGCCCUACUGAUGCUGUAUCGUGCGUGCGGGGAUGAGGAGUGGUUGCAACGAGCACGAUGCUUCGGUCUUAUGAUUCUAGACAGCAACAUUCGAGCAGCGCAGAGAACGCCGGAUUCUCCUUUCAGUCUUUUCGAGGGGCUAUCUGGAGCGUUAUGCUUCCUAGUCGAUCUUCUUCCCGAAAACAUCGACAGGGCCCAAUUUCCUCUUGUAUCCGGUACCAUUUUGAAAUUCUGA